AUGCCUUCAUCUCAAGAAGAUAUCGCGGCCUCGCUUGCAGCCUACCGAUCGUUCAUCGCAGAACAAAACUGCCGCGUUCUCGAGGUUUACGUACCCUUCAUCGCCACAGCCAAACCUGAUGAGCUGGAAGACGACGAAGAUCUCAACCAGCUCCGUCUGGAAGCUUUGGACUCCCUUCUCGAUACAACUCUUGCAGAUUUUGGUGUUUCAGAGCCAAAUGAGGUUCUAACACGUUACGACGAGCUCGCCCCAAAGAUCGGCGCCGAUGGCACCUACGUAAUGCACGAGGGCAGUCACGAGGAACGCGAGGCUAAGCGACGCGAGUACCUUGACGAAAUCGAGGAGAAUAUCAAGCUGAAAUCAAGAGAGAACGUACGGGAGACGAUCUCUAUCCCAGAAGAUUUUCGUAUUCUGGCCGGGCUGGUCGACGGCGUCCUCGGUUACGGCAUACCUUUCUGGCGCAACACAACUCAGCCAGCUUUCUGGUGGGGGUGUAGACGGUACCUGAGCUCGUAUGCCUCAACAGUCAUGACGCCCGAGGAACUGGAUGAGUGUGAGGGCCUCGGCAGCUCCUGGCAGAUUGCGGGAGGCUGGACGCCGGGAACCGGACCUGAUGCCAACUUCAGCAUCCUGCACUGCCGCCAAUGUGACGAGGAUGCUUGGUAG